AUGUUCAGAAGCUGCAAAAUCUUCCGCCACCAGCAAGAGCUGAUCCAUUCUUUGUACCUUCCUUACGUGUUCGCACAUUCGGGUCUGCAAUUAUUUCCAGAUCUCUCCAACGAAGUUGGUUUCGCAGAAGCUCGACUGGAUCCGAUGGACGACGUUGGUCGUUUUGCCUCAUGGCAGAGACGCUGUUAGUCUCAUGAUCAGACGUCUGAUUGUGGCUUCAGGCUUGUGGGCGAUGCCGAUGCCCAAAUGGUUAAAAGAUAUGCGCCACUGACUCCGAAACGUUCGAAAUGUGUGGCGGCGUACGCCAGACGUUUGGUUGAUUUGCCGUCAGCUCAAUGGUUGGUCUGGGCAGUCCGCUGCGUUCGCUAUAGCUGUUUUAUAUGGGAGGAACGACGUUGAUGACUUCAAGGUCUUAUUGAACCCAAUAUUUCAAGACCUCCAAUUUACAGUGGAUGAGGAAAACAACAACCAGUUGCACUGCCUCGAAGCGAAUGUUGCAAGGACGACUCGCGGGAGGAUACGAAGUACGGUAUACCGUAAAACGACGAAUACUAGACGCAUUCUCACAUUCCGAAGUAACCACCCUAUUGGACACAAGCGCAGUUGUGUCAGAACUGUCUUCAAGGAGCUUAAACACACUGCAUUGACGAUGACGACGGAAGAGAAGAGGAAGUAAAAUGCCUACAUACUUUAAUCGCAGCCAAUGGUCACCCACAAUCCUUCUUACGUGAGUGCCGACGAAGGCCUACCCGUGAGGGAUCUAACAGUGAGAAGCUUUAGUUUUGGAUCGCGAUCCCCUACGUGAGGGUUGUUUCUGAGGCGACAGCUAGAAUCCUGAACUCUUUUGAGAUUGGAGUCACCCAUAUACAGGAAUCCACUAACACGCAGCAGAUAAUGAGACCCAAGGACUCGCAACCGCUAGCUGAACAAUCAGCGGUGGUAGACAACAUACCUUGCCAAAAUUGCAGUGCGAGGUAUAUUGGUGAAACGGGCAAACGCCUCUGCAAAGACUGCAUGAGCGUCAGCUUGCAGUCAGUGGCGAGGAUAGACUGUCACUGGCAUAUGGCCACAUAGAACAAGAAUAACACAGUUUCGCCUUUGGGAAGCAAGUGUCGUCAGCUAAGCCAUUAGCACGAUGUCCAGCCUGGUGCACGAAAAAUUGGUUUUAAGUAGGCUAGCAGGGACAGACAUUCAGCACACUGAUGAUGGAAACGAGGAGGUUUCCGAAACGUAAGAACGAAUACACUGUGGUACAUGAAAUCUCUUUUUUCUUCGUCAACUUUUGGGGAUAAUGAACAGGAAAUUUUUUCCGGACAUCGAAUAUUCACACUGGAUGACAUAAUUAAAUAUAUUGCCAAUUAAAACAAAAUGUGCUCCCCGGGGAAGAAUGAAAAGGAGAGGCGGCCACGGGAACCAUUGGAUUAAUAGGCUGACGUUUCGAAAGCAGACAAGAAUCCAUCUUCGGGUGUAGGUUCCGUACGUCGCCUCACGGUAUUUAUGGGUGCUGAGCAUGUGGGCAUGCUGUCAAUCCUACCGCUAUCCGCGCAGGAUGCACUUCAGGGGAGGGGGGGGGAGGAUUUGGUCGCUGUCAUGCUGGUCGACGUCUUUCUUCCCCACCUCGUCGGGGAGCGGUGUUGGGAUGGCAGUGGUCACUGACCUCGUCUGCAUCGCCCGCAUUUGUUAUGCGUUCCCCGCAUAUCUCGUUUAUUGUGUUCCGUUUGCGUCUGUCCGUGUUCGCCCCCUCGGUGGUUGCUGAACCAUUGCUGGCGUCUCCUUUCUUAUCGGGCUGGCGACCCCGUACUCAGUUUUUUGGGCGUGAACUGUGUUCACUGGCGUCCGUGUUCCUGACUUCAUGCCUUCGAUUCCGUUGAUUAUAAGGCCUGGUAAGCUGCCGGGAGGAUCGUGCAACGGUUGAUGAAAGCUGGCACGUUGUGCCAGGCUUCGAACGUUUCCCUGGCUUUCUGGUCAAUACCUGGUCCUAGGAUUUAGGCGUUCAACCUAUCUUUCUAGAUAGUUUUACGCCGAUUUACGAGACAACAGAUAUCAGAGAAAAAGACAAGGGACUAGACUGUUCCUAUCAGACGUCGAAACCACAAACGGGAGAACAACUGGAAAACAAAAAACUUGCGAGAACUGAGAAAACACCAAAUACAAGUGACGCAAAAACCGACGACUAUACUACGCAGCCAGCUUGUAAAUUCUGAGGUUAGGGCCGGCUAUUUGGAUUAGUAAGACGUCGUCUAUGAGAUUGCAGGUGGCACCUGCAGAGCGGUAUACUGUGGUCAAACCGAAAGUCGGCCUCUAUGCGACUUCACAAAUUCCACUUGGCAGUAAUGAGACGAGACAAGGUAUCUGAAGUCGUCAUACAUUUGCUAGAAUCCGUGAACAAAUGUACCUGGUGUGAAACAGGCAUUAUCGAUCCCUGCUGCGUAAUAAAAGCCGAUAAUUUCUGCGGGCCACUCCUUCUGAUGCCUCAGGCAUAAAUCGGCGCAUUGAUCUGAAGUCCGUGCACACAAAUCUCAAGUAAAAAGGAAAAGGCGUAUAGACAAUCAAACGGGUGUUAGCACACCGCAUUGUCCGAUUGGCAGCGCUGACAAAACAAUAUCGAUUUCCAGAGGCACCUUCAAAUUUUAACUGUUUUCAACGAUUCAUUAUCAGUAUCAGUGUGUCAGUGUAUUUUACGGAAAGUAGGUUUGUACCUUUAAAAUCCCUAUUGGUUUCAUGCAGCGGAAGUAUAUGGAGAAAAGGCAAAGCCAGUAACAUGAACGAAAUACAAGAGGAAUAACAAAAGUUGUACAGAUGAACAGAGAAUUGCAUGCGUUGACAGCAUUUAAACGCAUAUGAACUCGGUUUGUUGAUUAAAUACAGCAGACAUUUGAAGCACACCUAAGAUACAGUAAAAGAAGUAAAGUUAUUUUCAGUCUGCAGUCAGCAUGGUGAAAGCAAGCGGCGGUGUGCGACGUGGAUCAAAAGAAAUAAGUUACAGAAACAUGUGUUACUUGAAUAUUGGUAGUAGCAUCGGCAUAACACUAAAUUGUCCACGUUGGUUAUCAAGGUGGCUGUAGUCCGGCGUUUUUGCGGUGCGCGUUCCAAUAACGAUCUGGCCUCCGUUUAAAAGUGUCUACGCAUCCCGACAUAACAACAUCCUCAGCCAAAGCAUUCUCAGCUGCAACCACUCUGUUGUAGAAGAGGAAGGAGAAGAAGAAGAAGAAGAAGAAGAAGAAGAAGAAGACGAAAAGAAGAAGAAGAAGAAGAAGAAGAAGAAGAAGAAGAAGAAGAAGAAGAAGAAGAAAAAGAAGAAGAAGAAGAAGAAGAAAAAGAAAAAGAAAUUUCGUAAUUCUAGCCGGGUACCAGUCACACGUAGUUUGAGUGGAUGGCCUCUCAGGUUAGUCGUAGUCGCCAACUCGAAGAAGUCUCUAAUGCAAGGUAGCAGCCUUGAUUGCGCACGACGCGGAAAGUUUGUAUCAGAUCCCAAUGUAGCUGUCUGUAACUCAAAGGAAAGAGGUCACGAUUAA